AUGGAUAUCCGUGGUAGGAAAAUGAAGAAACCGCCUGCGUGUGUGCAGUGUCGUAGGCGGAAGAUUGGAUGUGAUCGAGUAAAGCCGAUCUGUGGGAACUGCUUGAAGAAUGGUAAGACGGAUUGUUUCUUCCCGGACGUUCCCGGACAGUACGUGUCGUCUAACUCUUCGCAGAGCUCAGCUAAGUAUGAUCACGUGCGCGAGAGCGGUGCUGAGUUGCACCAUAAUCCCGAGCUGGCUUCGAUGGAGCAGAUACGGGAGUAUAACACUCGGUUGCAGCUGCUGAACGCGCAACAGCACCGGGCUUCGCCCGGCGCUGUGGAGACGGCGCAGUUUAUCCCGAGGACGGUGCCCAGUUUUGAGAACAAGCCCGUGAGCUCGGCGAACGGGUCGGCGCUGCACUUGAAUUGGGUGCAGGGCCCUGCGAUCUUCGAUAUCAUGACUUCGCCGUACACACAGGAGGAGGUGCUGUUGAAAGAGAUGGAGUUUUUGAAGUCCAGACUGCUGGAGUUGCAGGAGAUCACGGGGAACAAGAUUGGCAUGGAGCUGUGGAAGGCCGGGGAACUGCUCUCUAAUGGGAACUCGGGCGGCAGGGGCGACGGCGGACGUAGCGGGAGCGGUAAGGACGCAAACGACAUCGCGAUCCCGGAGCUCAAGCGGCUGCAGAUGUCGUUGAAAGGGGACGGAAUGAGUAUUAAUGAGUUUAGAGAUUUGGACCCUGAGUUUCUGGAGUCCAAACAGGUUUUCGACGUCCUGGCCGUCAGUAACCCAGAUAACUUGACGGAACUGAACCCGUUAUCGGAUGCGCCUAAUUGCAUAUUCAGCGUACGAUUCCUCACAAUACGUGACGAGUAUCUGGCGCAGUUUUAUAGGAAGAUCAACGAGGUCGUCAGCACCCAUUUCAACGAUCAGCUGGCGAACUGGAGACAGCAAAAAUCAAAAGGGCCUGCAACCUUCAAGAACGACCAGGCCAUAAGGUUCCCUCCUAGAGGAGUCACACAGGAAAUUAUUACUAAAUACCUGGCUACGGUGGCAGAUACCAACUCGUUGAUUCCUAUUCUCAAACCAAGAGAACUGAUGACCGCAGUGGAGCAGCUGUUCGGCCGCGAGCCCAUCUUUUCACCGAAUAAGUUAGAUCUGCCGCAGAUAGCCACAUUGGGCCAAAUUACCGUUUGCUUGUUGCUCACUUACGAAACACUGUCGUCAUCGGUGCUCAUUCCGCUGAAGGAUGAACAACUGGCGCUUUUCCAUCAGUUGAGAGAUUGGGUACCAAGUUUUAGGACCAAUCUGCAUCUCAUAAAAUCAGAGAUCGAUAGAAGGGACAACAACUCAUACACGGUUACCGUGCUGAAUUUCAUCGCAUUAUGGAAAUAUUAUCAAUCAAUAUCUGACACUUGCGAUAAUGAUUCUAUCGAUGGCGACGAAGAUGUUCACUUGGCACGUCAACUGUCGCUUAACCAUGAAACCAAAAACCAACUGCAUAUGUUACUCUGGAACUUCAUCUUUAAGAACUAUUGUUGGAGACAUUUAUUCAGGGGUGAAGUACCCUCAAUGGUGGUAGGAUCAGAGCUAAACUCAGCAACUGUGAUCGAUCCCUUAUUGAAUAUCGACUAUGCCCUGCUGAAUUUCCAGAUAGAUAUGCUGAAAUACCUGCAGACAAGGGAUUCCAUGCUUUCUUUGAAGAAAGUACUGGGGCUAAGAGAUCUUUUCAAAGUAAAAUUGCAUGAGCAGAAUAAGAAAUGCUACACAACAGCAGCAAUCGUCAACAGCGUGGUGGACUCUCUAAUAUAUCGUAAUGCGAUGUUGUACUUGAAUUAUUUUCUGCUGAUGCAAUACGAAAGAUUCAAGGAUGCCAGUGAUUUUGUAGAUUACUACAAAGACUUUUUACAAUUGGUUCAAGAAACGCUGUUCUUUGUAUUCUCCUGUUUGGCAAAUCUGAAAUUUGCUGGUUAUGAGUUUAUCUUUGCUAAAAAGUCCUUCCUCACCUUGGAAAGUAUAUGCCACAUGAUACUUGGGUUGUAUCAAAGAUCCUACAUUCGUUCAACAAAAGUGAGCGCGAGCGCGAUGGCAGACGACAGCACAAGGCCUGACGCUCAACAGUCCGAGACACUGACACUACUAUUGAACAAAGUGCUCAUGCUGCUACAAGAUUAUGCAAGGAAUCGUAAGGUCGCCAGCCCGUUGAUCUUCAAGCUUGUCUGCAAAUUGAGAACCACACUUGAGUACAUCGCACUGUGCGAAAGCGGUACGAUGACCACUUUAAAUCACGUAGCAGGAAAGGCACCAGUUCUUUAUGGUGUACCUAACGCUUUCGAGCUGAUAGACGAACCAAACUUAUCCAAGGUUACUGCAAAACUACGCGCAAUAUCAGAAUCACUGAUAAAAUCAGACUUCUAUAGUCAAAGGAAACCAUACGAACCUACAAAUCCACAGACACUGGGCUUGACACCAGAAAAUUUCACGGACAUAUUCAACUCAUUCUACUGUUAG